UCAGCAGGUUUGUUUCUCUACCCAUAAUCCCUCUCCUGUGAGCGCCAGCAUAUAUAAAGGAGGUGCGCACUUCGAGCCGCACACACUUCGAGUGAGGCUUCUAAUAGGAAUCGCACACACACACAGCAAUCAUGUCCAGUGAUAAGUCCAAGAAUUCUUCCCAGACCGACGGAAAGGCUGCUCAGAGCAAGAAGUCUGAGAUGGGAAUGAUGUCCUACAAGAUGUACGUGUUCGACCAGGAGAACUUCCAGGGUCGCAUGAUCGAGAUCAGCAACGAGUGCAUGAAUGUGUGUGAGAUGGGCAUGGACCGUGUGCGCUCUGUGCGCGUUGAGUGCGGACCCUUCGUGGGCUUCGAGCAGAUGAACUUCUGUGGUGAGAUGUACAUCCUGGAGAAGGGAGAGUACCCCCGUUGGGACUCCUGGAGCAACUGCCAGAAGAACGACUACCUGCUGUCCUUCAGGCCCGUCAAAAUGGACGCUGAGAAGCACAAGAUCUGCCUGUACGAGGUUGGAGAGUUCAAGGGCCGCAAGAUGGAGAUCAUGGAUGAUGACGUUCCCAGCCUGUUCUCCUACGGCUUCACCGACAGAGUUGGCAGCAUCAUUGUCAGCUGUGGAACCUGGGUGGGAUACCAGUUCCCCGGAUACCGUGGCAGCCAGUACCUGCUGGAGAAGGGAGACUUCAAGCACUUCAACGAGUUCGGUGCCCGCCAUCCUCAGUUCCAGUCCGUGAGGCGUAUCCGUGACAUGCAGUGGCACCAGCAGGGCUGCUACACCAUGGCCAGCAAGUGA